AUGCCGGGCUUUAUCAUCCGUCUCGUGCUCGAUGACGCGACAAUAAAAUUUGAACACUCGCUAGAGGAGUUUGAAAACGUUCUACUUGGUAUGUUCGCAGAGAUGAAGAAGGUGAUCGAGGGCAUACCUCGGAUUGAAACCCGCCUUUACACCGAUUGGCAAGCGGCUGGUGGGGACAAUGUCUGCUUGCAUCCCGUGAUUCUGGAGGAAUUUCUUGAAAUGCACAAAAACCGGAUUCUGGCAAUGCUCAAGCGCGAGUCUCGAGGUCCACAGCAACAUUUGUCGCAGUAUGACAAAUAUAACUUCCUGAUAAGUCGCCAGGUACUUGCCCUCGUCAUGUAUACAUAA